UUAAUAAAUAUCCAUUUGUUGUUUGCAACUUCCGUUUCCGUACCCGUCAUCUUUCUUUCCGGUUUGGUGCCCUCUCGUAGCCAUCAUGAAGGUCGAGUUGUGCAGUUUCAGUGGGUAUAAAAUAUACCCCGGCCAUGGCCGCCGAUACGCCAGGAUAGACGGAAAGGUGUUCCAGUUUCUCAAUGGCAAAUGUGAGUCAGCCUUCCUGUCCAAGAGGAACCCCAGACAGAUCAACUGGACCGUUCUCUACAGGCGCAAGCACAAGAAGGGCCAAUCUGAAGAGGUGGCAAAGAAGCGCACCCGUCGUGCAGUGAAAUUCCAGAGGGCCAUCACAGGAGCCUCCCUGGCCGAGAUCAUGGCCAAGAGGAACCAGAAGCCCGAGGUCCGUAAGGCCCAGAGGGAGCAGGCAAUAAGAGCUGCCAAGGAGGUCAAGAAGGCAAAGCAGGCAACCAAGAAGCCCGCUGCAGCAAGUGCAAAGACGUCUGCAAAGACCGCACAGAAACCCAAGGUGGCCAAGACCAUGAAGAUUAACGCUCCUCGUGUUGGAGGAAAACGCUAAAUCUGACUCGUGGUUCGGGUUGUGAAUAAAACGAUUUUGCUUAACCAGGA